AUUUACAAAUCCGACCUUUCUGGCCUGGGCCUCCUCCAUGGCCAGAGUGAAUCUCACCGUAAAUUGGAGGAGCAGCACCUCAUAUUAUGCUUGGGUAGUUUACACCCCAGCGGUAUGAACAUUGACUUUUCCAAUUUCAAGUAGUCCUUGCUUUCCCCCUUCCUUCUAUUCCCAGCUCUCCCUCAACCCACUGUGUCUGCCUCUUCCUUUCUUCUUCCCACCCCACCCCCACACAUCAGUCUGAAGAAGGGUCUCGACACGAAACUCACCUAUUCUUUCCUCCAUAGAUGCUACCUCACCCGCUGAGUUUCUCCAAGAUCUACCUUCGAUUUUUCCAGCAUCUGCAAACACUUCAUCUACAUAAAGUGGGAAGCAGAGCCUUUUACCCUAGAGUUAGUGUAUUCGGACUUCGAAAUAAUUAUGUUUGAUCAACCUUUCCUGCGUUUCCCCAAUUCCCUGGAAAGACACCCUUUCAAGUACUUAUCAAUUCCUUACCAAUAGCUUUAGUCGGAAUAUUGACGGCCAUAAACAAACUUCACCUUCCAGUUCUCGCCCCACCUGACAUUGGAAUAGGAUUAGUCCAUUGUACCGUUGAACAGAUUGAAGAAUUGCGGGAUUGUAUAACACCUAUUGCGCGUUUCAUUGCAAACAUCACCAGGAUAAAGACAGAUUUAAACUAGUGCAAAAGUUAGGAGGGUUUGGUGUGCAAUAGUUGUUGAAUCAUUUUGUGUGCGUUUGUUCCAGGCUCAGUCAGAUUAGACAUGUCCAGUCCAAAGGAGGAGAUCCGGGGCUCGAGAAACGCACUGACCAAGUCUGAGACCAAGAAACUCUUACUAAAAUACAGGAAAGAGCGAGACGAAGCAUCGAAGAGAGGGGAAUUCAACCGAGAUAAACUGAAUGUGAUCCGGACGUCGAUGGCGUCGCAGAUCCGCGAAUUGAAAGAGAAGGUCAAAGCGCUCAACUCGGAAAACAAGGACUUGCAUAAAACCAUCAAAAAGCUUCAACCAGAGCUGCAACUGGACACCGAUUCCAGACUGACGAGCAAAUUGACCAAGGAGGUGGUGAAGGAACUGAAGGAGAGGGCGGAACGAUGUAAGAGCCUGCAGCAAGAAAACUCCAGAUUAAACCAGGAAAUAGAUAAAUUGGCUUCGGAGCUGGUUCAGGCGGAGAAUGUCAGGAAGCUUUUGGAAGAUCGCCUCUUGGCAGCACAGAGUCAGCAGGCUAAGGUAUUCGUCAACUUACCUCCAGAAGUGACGGUGGAAGUCUGUUGAUAGUCCUCAAGAUGCUGGAGGCGACUACUGUCCAGGGCAGGGCUGUUACUUCUCUGCCUCUGGGUCGCAUGCCGAUGCAACAACUCACGUUGAAGUGCAGCACUUCGGUCCAGUGUCUUUUCCAGGGAUAGUAAUUUAUUAGAAGAUGGAAACAUCAGGGUUGAAAUCUGCUCAACCUCCUUCACUGUCAAUAAAACAGGAAAUGCUAAAAAAAAACUCAGUCGACCUGUGAACGCAGGGGUUAUGGGGAGAAGGUAGGAGAAUGGGGUUAGGAGGGAGAGAUAGAUCAGCAUGAUUGAAUGGCAAUGUGAACGUGAUGGGCCGAAUGGUCUAAUUCUGCUCCUAUCGUGGGUGAUCUUUUACGUCAGCGUCGCUUACACUGUUCCACCCCUUUAGCCAUCAACUCCCUCUACAUACAAAAAUCCAUGUCGGCCUUGAAUGCAUUUGGCAACUGAGCUCACUUGGUACAACGUUCCAAAGAUUAACUCUCCUCCAGAUGAGGAAAUUCCUUCUCAUCUGUUCUCAAUGGCCAUUUCCUUCUUUGGAGAAUAUGUCCCCUGGCUCUAGAAAACCUACCUUACCAAACGCCUCAAGAAUUUUCAAGAACUAGAGGUUCUGAAAUCAAGAGAGCACAGGCCAAUCUGCUUAAUCUCCCCCCAUAGCACAAACAAACCAAUAUGCCAAACCUUCACUGCAGUCCUUCCCACUUCAUUGCAUGUCCUUCCUUAUAUAGGGAUAUAAUAUACACUAUAUUAUAUGAGUGCAUCCCUCCACUCUUUCACAAGUGUCCUGGGUCUAGUUUCUUAUGGUUCACUGCAAUUUCUCCUAGAGAAGGUCAGGGGGAGUUCCCACCGCCACGGGUACCAUGUAAUCUCGUGCUACCUGCUCCAUGGUCGGAUAGUCGGCGACUAAACCAAACCCCCCCACCUGGUUUGCCAGGUGAGGAGGGGGCUGUGGACCCCCAGCAGGACAAAAAAACAAGACCUGUCAAAGGGCGGA